CCUGUAACUGCGACCCCGUGGGGUCGGUGCGGGAUGACUGCGAGCAGAUGACGGGGCUGUGCUCCUGCAAGACUGGCAUCACUGGCAUGAAGUGCAACCAGUGCCCCAACGGCAGCAAACUGGGCAUGACUGGCUGCGAGAAAGACCCCUCGGCCCCAAAAUCCUGCGAGGAGAUGAGCUGCGAGUUCGGGGCCUCCUGCGUGGAGGUCAACGGCUUUGCCCACUGCGAGUGCCCGUCCCCGCUGUGCUCAGAGGCCAACAUGACCAAGGUGUGUGGCUCUGACGGUGUCACCUACGGGGACCAGUGCCAGCUGAGGACCAUUGCCUGCAGGCAGGGCCAGGUCAUCACGGUGAAGCACAUGGGGCAGUGCCAUGAGUCCAUCACCCACACGAGCCACCCAUCACCUCCCACGCCGCUGCCCACGCUGCCCUUGGACCGGCUCGUCCUCCCCCCACCCCUGCCCCUCACUACCCAGGCUCCGCAGCCCACCGAGGUGGCCACCAGCUCCCCGCCGCUGGAAGCCAAGCCCACGGAACGGGGUCGCCCCACGACGAGGCGCGUCACGACGGCCAGGCCGGCCACCACGCCCUGGGCCACCCACGGUGGGCACAAGACCACGGUGCGGCCUCUCUCCACCGCCCCGGUGGUCCUGGCCACCCCCCAGCCUGCCUACGGGGAGUCGGGCAGCGCUGAGGGCAGCGGGGACCAGGAGAUGGGCGCCAGCGGGGACCAGGAGUCCAGCGGGGCGGGUUCUGCCG